CUAAGAAGCACACAGGAGGCGCUUCAACACCAUUAAGGAUUAAAAAAGCCGACUUGCUGAAGAAAUAUACAUAACUGCAGCGUUUCAAUCGGGGAUCAUGGAGUCCUAACAGUGUUUCCAGCCGCUGCAGAGAGAGGUAAAGAUGAAGAAGUCAGAAAUGUUUGGUUUCUCCCUGGAGGCAGACGACAGGACAAAGGAUGAGAAAACGCAGCAAAACGCAGCAAAGAAGGAUUUGGUCUCUGCUUUGGGUUUGGGCCAGGAGGCCCCCAAGGCUCCCAUGGACACUGAUUACCAGGAGGAAAUGGAAAAGACCAAGCCUCAAAUCAGAUUCAAUCUGAACUUUGACAAAGAGAUUCGUGGUGAAGAGCAGAACAAUAGGAAGAGAGACAGCAAAACAUUUAACAUUGAGAGGUUGUUUGAAGCAGUGGCCAACAGAGAUGUCAGAAAGCUGGACGGCCUGUACCAGUACCUGCACCAAAACAUGAAGAAACUCUCUGACUCCUUGUAUCAGUCCUACGGUAAAACCGCCCUAAUGAAGGCUCUGCUGCACCUCAAAGACAACAAGAACGAGACUGUUGAGUUUUUAAUUGACAUUUCAGAGAGGCUAGGCGACAUUAAAGAGUUUGUGAAUGCAGCCUACACCAACAGCUAUUACCAAGGCCAGACAGCUCUCCAUAUAGCCAUUGAGAGGAGAAGUAUUUCCUAUGUGAAACUCCUGGUCAGUAAAGGAGCAGAUGUCCACGCCAAAGCCUGUGGGAAAUUCUUUCAGCCAAAUGACGGUCCCUACUUUUACUUUGGUGAGCUGCCUCUGUCUCUGGCAGCCUGCACCAACCAGGCCGACGUGGUGGACUUCCUGAUGGAGAACGAGUACCAUCAAGCAGAUGUCAAGCUGGUGGACUCUCACGGCAACACGGUGCUGCACGCUCUGGUGGUGGUGGCCGACAACUCAACGGAGAACACAGACUUCAUCACCAGCAUGUACGAUCGCAUCCUCAAAACCACAGCUCGACUGUAUCCAAAGCUGAAGCUGGAGGACAUCGAAAACCACAAGGGGUUAACACCUCUCAAAAUGGCUGCCAAGACUGGCAAGACAGGGCUUUUUUCACACAUCCUGAAACGGGAAUUCCAAGACAGUCACACCAAACAUUUGUCCCGUAAAUUCACUGAAUGGGUUUACGGUCCCGUCCACUGCUCCCUGUUUGACCUGGCCUCUGUGGAUUCGUGCGAGGACAACUCGGUCAUGGAGAUACUGAUCUAUGGCAGUGACAUUCCUAACCGUCACGAGAUGCUCCAGACGGAGCCUCUGAGCCGUCUGCUGGAGGAGAAGUGGAAGAAGUUUGCAGGUCGAAUGUUUUUCCUCAACUUCCUGUUCUACCUCAUGUACCUGAUCAUCUUCACUAUUGUGGCCUACAAUAAGAGGGAGGGAAAGCCACCGUUUCCCUUCGAACACACCUCAGUGGGUUACCUGUAUGUUUCAGGCCAGCUACUGACAGCACUGGCAAACUGUUAUUUCUUUUUCAUAGGGAUGAUUGACAUGAAGAGGAAGCGCCCAAAGCUGCAGACAUUGCUAAUUGAUGGAUAUUAUGAGAUUCUUUUUCUUGCGCAGGGGGUCCUCUUCCUGGUCUCGGCCGGGCUGUAUCUGUGCGGGCAGCAGGAGUACCUCGGCUUCCUGGUGCUGUGUCUCGCUCUGAGCUGGUUGAACCUGCUCUACUUCUCCAGGGGUGACAGACACAUGGGCAUCUACAGUGUCAUGAUACAGAAGAUGAUCCUCAGUGAUAUCCUGCGCUUUCUUUUUGUCUACGUUGUCUUCCUCUUUGGAUUUUCAGCAGCGGUGGUCACACUGCUCAUAGAGCCUCCUGUGAAAAACAACACUGCCAGUCUUAAGAGGGAGCGUUUGUUUGGCCCCCUUGACCCUGGUGAGGAGUGUAUAAAACCCACCUUCAGAAACAUCUCCUACACCACGCUGCAGCUCUUCAAGUUCACCAUUGGCAUGGGGGACAUGGAGUUCACCGAGAGCUACCAGUACAAGGAGGUCUUUUACGUGCUCCUCAUUGGCUAUAUCAUACUCACCUACAUCCUGCUGCUCAACAUGCUCAUCGCCCUCAUGAACCGCACCGUGGAGAAGAUCACCAUGGAGAGCACCAGCAUCUGGAAGCUGCAGAGGGCCAUCACUAUCCUGGACAUGGAGAAAAGACUGCCUUGUUGCCUGAGGAGGAGGCUUCGUUGUGGGGUGGAGAAAAAACUGGGCACUGUUCUUGGAGAUGACUGGCGCUGGUGUUACAGAGUGGAGGAAGUCAACUGGAACAAAUGGAACAUGAACCUGGGCAAAAUAAAUGAGGAUCCUGGCUGCUGGGAUCGUGUACAACAGCCUGCCUCAGAAACCCCGUCGAACAGACCAAACAGAGGGCGGAGCUGGAGAGGUUUAUUCAUGGAGGGCAGUCGGCGGCAGCAGACACAUCAGCCCACAGAGAUGAGUCCUCUGAGCACCACACCGGUCUAAAGAGACAACAGAGAGCUUCACUCUGGCUGCUCAGCCUGACUGACCUGAGCAACGAGGCAUUCAGACCUAAAGACAGUAUUCAGUUUCACUUCCCCAAGAAAUGUAACUGCCAAAGGGAUGAGGUGCCUCUCUGAUUGACUGAUGCUCCAGUGUCAGCUUGAUUUUAAAUUUAAACUUUGAGGCAAUAUUUAUAUUAUAAAAUAUAAUAUAUUAAUAUUGUAGAUAUAUAUCUGACUGACAUAAUGGGGCGAAAAUGAAGAAUUUAUCAAUGCGGAAUGCUGAAACAAGUGCUGCUUAAAUACCAAGGUAACCAUGCAUGUGAAAUAUAUUAGCCAUUUAAUUGAAAGGGUUCUGCACAUGCUGUUUCUGCCAACGCCUGAAUAGGAUUCACAUCCUCUGCAAAAAGGCCACAACCUGCCCGGCACUUAUAGCAUCACUUUAAAAUCCUUCAUGGAGUAAUACUGAUCACAAAGGUGCUGAUCCUACCUUCCCACUGUGUGGCCUUUGUACAAGUCCCAUUUUCAUCACAGCCAGACAAGGUAAAUCUACUGCAGCCAGAGGGUCCUGCAGAUUUCACAGCUUGCUUUGUCUACUCUUCUUCCUGUUUCUAUUUGGCAGAGGCAGGGUUGGAUAAAUGGCAUGAAGGCACAGCAACUGGUCCAACAAUCACCACCUUAAGCACUAGCUGUCACAGUUACAAAUUAUAUGUAGCUUAGAUGGGCCUUUUGAACCAUUCAGCCACUAGUCAGGCUGAUUAUGUAAGAAAAGUGCGUAAACAGUGACCUACCUAAACUGGCAGACAGGAUGACAAUAGUUAAGUUACUGUAUCUAAGCGCAUGCAGAAUGAAGAGAGCAGAAGAAAACUGCAGUUAAGUUCAGACAUGUAAAUUAAUGUUGCAGAUAAUCCAAACAGCAGUUUAGACUCAUUUCAAAGCAUAAAUUAGAACUUUA